AUGGAAAACUUUUUCACGAAAAAAGUACAAGAUGUGUUUGCAAUUUUGAAGAGAAGCAACAAGGAGGAGCGAGACACCUCGCAUGACGAAACGAAAGAGAUUAAAUCUGAUCAGGGGGGAGAAGAUGGCAAAAAAAAAAAGCGUCUCUUCCAAACUGCCAACAGAAAAGGACCCGAGAAAGGGGCCAAAGAGAAAACUCAAAACAAUGACGCAGCCGCCGGUAGCAACAAAAAGGAAAACGCGUCCACGGAAUCAAGAGAUAAUGAUCCUAGUGUAAUUAAAAAACGGAAGUUAAUAACACUGCACAACAAGGACAACGUCUACCUAAUGGACAAUUUUAUCAAUAUAAAAAAAUACGGUGAGGGUCAUUAUACCAGUGGGAGGGACGUGAAAAAGGACGAAGCGGCAGUUCCGGCGACGGCUACCUCUGCUACCAUUGUCAGUAGGGCCACGUUAAACACCUCCAGCAUUUGCAAUUCAUUGUCAACCAAUAAGGACGAAAGUGACAAGAAAGCCGAAACGCAGGAGGCGCGGCUCAUUAACAGCAUUGUACAAAGUGCAGGUGGGCUCAAACCGACUCCAGCCGACAACCCCCCAGAGGAAAGCGAAACGGAUAAUAACCAAAAAAAUGGAAAGAAUACCAAUUUAGUCCCCACGACAAACACAUGCACGAAGAAGGAGGAAGAAGAAGAGGAAGACGAAGAAGAAGAAGAAGACGACGAAAGGAACACAAACGAGAAAAAAAAAAACAACCAGAAGGAGGAGCAAAACGAUCAAGCACUUUUACGAAGCAUGAUCGAUAAAAAAAGUGAAACGAAAAAAGAAAAAACCAAUAAUGUCACAAUUAAAACAAAUAAUGCUAACCAAAGAAAGACUUUCCUUUUUGUUAAAGAUACCACAGAAGAAGAGAGGGUUAACAGAAUUGAUGAAAUUUUUAAAAACCUCAUAGAGGAAAGUAGGAAGAAAGACAAACAGUUAAGCAUCCCCGAGAAUGGUGGCAGUGCACCUUGUCAGGUAAACGAUAUUAACAGCCCCGAUGGGGCAAGUGCCCUAGAUGAAAAUAAAAAGGGACAAAACUUGGAUGAUGAGCCUGAGUCUACGGAAGGGGUGGAUGAAUGUAAACCUAAUGAUAACGCUGCUAUAAGUAAUGCCAAUGGUAGAAUUGUGACGCAGGAAACGUUAGAUAAACAUGGCGAACCGGGUGAGGAGGGGCAAAAGGGAGGUUCCCCCACCAAUGAGGCGAAACUGCAAAGCGAUGAGCCUCUCCAGUGCAACGGCAGUCAUGAUAGUUUGGGGUCGGCCAAAACGGACAAUCCCGUCCCCAGUCGAAGUAGCAGCGUGGGAAGCGGCGCUGGAAGAAGUCCUCAUAGGUGCAAUGGUAGCCGCGAUGGUAGCCUCUCUGUCAGCCCCGGUAAGGAGGACACCAAAUCAACUGGGCAGAGCCACGCCGCGGAGCAUCCCCCUUUCUGCGGGGAUGACAAGAGCACCUCCGAAUCUGACGGCGCGACUCCAGGGGAACCCCCCUACGACACAAUCGAAACGGAUGAGGUAGACAGUUUGAAGAUAAAGUUCCCCCAGUUUGCAAUGGAACAAAGCAAAAAUUUAAUAAACGAAACAAAUGAAUUUUUCAAGAUGUAUGAUUUGAACCUUAAAGUGGAAUACCUACCGAUGGGCAUCUCCAAUGAUGUGAAAUUAUUGAUGGAAAGAAAAAAAAAAAUUGUUUCCAUAAUUAAUGAUUAUAAAAAUGAGUUGAGACAGAGGAAGAAUCAUUCCAUAAAGGAAGAGAAAAACGCAAAGGGGGGGGAUCAGCACGAAGGUCACCUGCAAACAAUGGUGGAAGCAACAUUGGUGGGUGCACUCAGUUCAAAAAAACAGGAAAAUGGAGCCACCCCAGGGAAGUAUCCACCACACGAUGAUGACGAUGAUGAUAGUAAUGAUAAUAAUAAUAGUAAUAAUAGUAAUAAUAAUAAUAGUAAUAAUAGUAAUAAUAAUAAUAGUAAUAGUAGUAAUAAUAAUAAUAGUAGUAAUAAUAAUAGUAAUAAUAAUGGUGUCUCCCUUGAGGAGUGUCAAAAUGUGCAUCAACCCACUGUGAGUUCCAGUACGGAGGAAGUAAAGCCCGGAUCACCAACCAUGGAAAAUAAAACCCCCAUUAAAAACUUCGAAAAGGGGACUGAUCAACACGAUGUAGAGUUUGUGCCAGAAGAUAGGAACCCUUCUUCCGCCAAGGAGACGGGAAAUCAUGUACAGGACGGACUUAAUGAGGAGAAAGUGAAAAAAGGUAACAACCACCUGAAUGGAAGGAAAAAAAGAAAGGGCCAGGAGAAGAAGCUCGAGAAGGGGGUCACCUCGUACGAUAACAUGAACUACCUGAGUGAUGACGAUAAGGAGAUCGUAGAGAGGGAGCACAGAAAUUUUUUGACCCUUUUGGAGAAGAUGAAUCGGGGUGACUGCGCCGGAGGGGGGGCCAGCUAUCCAGAUGGAGAGCAGAAGCCGGGAGACACAAGCCAAUUGGGUGAAGGAAGCCACUUGGACGAACCAAGCGAAGGAAUCCCCAUGGACGCUGCACCACAAGUGGAGGAAGCACAAGAAGCAAAAGUAGCCAAAGAAGAAUUCAUCAAAAGUCUCAUGCAGGACCUAACCGAGCAUUGCAGCGAAGAAAAAGACUAUGAGAAACACAAGCAAAUAAAAAACGAAGAAACGAAAUUUCAAAAACUGAAAGAAACAAUAAGACGAAUAAAAAUAAAAGAAAAAAAAAUCGAUGUGCUUCUUUGCAGUAGUGAGAACCUCUUUAAGUACACCAACAUGUACAGGCGUCGACAAAUUUUACAUGAAAAAAUGCUAAUGAAUUGGAGUUAUGUACAAAAUUUAGUGAAUAAAAAAAACGACGUAAGAAAUAGGAACCUGCCAUUUCAACUACUAGAAUUGGAUAAAAAUUUAACGAAAAAUGUACCGAAAGCUUAUGACGAUAUUUUGCUGGACGAUUUUUCAGGCAUCCUAAUUACGUUAAAUACAACCUCAUUCGAAACAGCUGUGGAUGGAAAUGCAAUUCAUGUUAAGAAAAUCGUUUGUGGUUGUCUAAUUCAGUACUUAGCUACCUCCGAGAUGAACAUAAAAUGUAUCUGGGCCCAUCCAUUUUUGAAUACAAAAUCGACUUAUUACAUUUUAAGCGCAUUUUUGCCCAGAGUCAUUUUAGAGGCAUUCCUAAAUUAUAGGACACCCUCAGAGAAGGAAAUUCUUUCCAACGAGUUAAUGGAUUCUUCCGGUCUUGAGGAAGAACACACAGAGGAUGAGACCCCCGAGGAGAGGACCCAAUCGAAAAAGGUGAAAAGCUUUUACGAUAGGCUACACCAGCUUAGUGAAGGCGAAUCAAAUAAAGGGAAAACGAACAAGAAGAAGAAGACAGAAAAAAGGAGGGAUAGUAAUCACACAAAGGAGGAAGAUGCUUUUUUUAGCAAUUUCUCCAUGCAGCAGUACCCCCCAACGUUCUUCCUAAAUUUUAGUAAAGACUGUGCUGAGCUUCUACAAAACUUCUAUAGCCACCAUGUUGAAGCUGAGAGGAAGAGUGAAAAAGGGAGCAGACACUAUAGUUACCCGACCUGGGGGGAGAAGUACCCCCUACAUGAGGCAGAUCUCCCUUGUGAAGAACAUGGACAAGAUAGCCAACCAGACGGAAAAAACAAAUCGGGAGAAAACAAGGCAGAUAAGUUUAUACACAUCCUCUUUAGCGACAUUGACAUUUUCCCCAGGCAGUGCUACCUUCUUCUGUGCUCCUACAAGUAUAUGUGCUUAAAUAUGCACUACGACAUGGACUGCUAUUCUGUGCACUACGAUCUGAAUUUAAAAAAUAUUGAAAAGGAAAAUAUCGGGAAAAAUACCGAGUUGUCCAACGUGUGCCCAUGUACGUAUGUGAGAGAUGUCUCCUCACAUACGGAGGACUCUUACCAGCGGAUUAUCGGAUGUAGCGAGCUGUAUAUGUACUAUAUGAUGCCGAAACGGGAGGAACGCCAACAACUGGGGUUGCUGGAAAGGAACGGGUGGAGAGACUUAAUCCCCAACACCUUUGAUGAAGACAUAAGCGAAAAUAUUUCCAGCAUUGUGCAAACAAGAACCAGCAUAAGUAACCUGUAUGACCACAUAUCCAUACAAAACAAACAGAAUGAAAAGAAUUACACCACGGCAUAUAUAAAUAAAUAUGAGUGGUGUGGACUGAGAAUACAAGACAUUCGGAACAUGAUGAACGAGGACUUUAAUUAUGAGUCGCCCAAGAAGAAGUGA